AUGUCACUAACAUUACUCUUUUAUCUCUACACCUUAGGUUUCGGGAUGACCACACCAGCAACCGUGGCUGGAAAAGUAUUCCUCAUCGUUUAUGGCCUUUUUGGGUGCGCUGGGACUAUCCUUUUCUUCAACCUCUUCUUGGAGCGCAUUAUCUCUCUCCUGGCCUUUAUUAUGAAGGCGUGCCACGAGAGACAGCUGCGAAGAAGUGGUCUCCUACCUCCCAACUUCCGAAGGGGGCCAGCUAUGUCGGGGGUGGGCAGCCUUGUGGGGUGGAAGCCGUCUGUUUACCACGUGCUAUUGAUUUUGGGAAUGUUUGCUAUUACCCUUUCCUGCUGCGCCUCCGCAAUGUACACAGCAGUGGAAGGAUGGAACUACGUUGACUCCUUGUACUAUUGCUUUGUCACCUUCAGCACCAUUGGCUUUGGAGAUUUGGUAAGCAGCCAAAACGCUGCGUACCAAAAUCAGGGAUUAUACAGAUUCGGAAACUUCAUAUUUAUAUUAAUGGGGGUAUGUUGCAUAUACUCCCUUUUUAAUGUCAUCUCAAUCGUAAUCAAGCAAGUUUUGAACUGGGUAUUGAAAAAAUUUGAAUGCAGAUGUUGCCCAAAGUGCCAUAAAUCAAGUGCCCGCCUCGGACGUCGCAACGCCAUCACCCCAGGAGCCCGCCUGCGUCGACAUAACAUCUCAAUGGACGCUGAUGGACAGUACGACAGUGACACCGAGGGGAGGAGGCUCUCUGGAGAGAUGAUCUCCAUGAGGGAGCUCACGGCAUCGAAUAAAGUCUCCCUGGCCAUUUUGCAAAAGCAGUUGUCUGAGACAGCCAAUGGCUACCCAAGGAACGUUUGUAUCAAUACGAGACAAAAUGGUUUCUCCGCAGGGGUGGGUGCUCUAGCCAUCAUGAACAACCGCUUGGCAGAAACAAGUGAUUCUAGGUAG